GUGGUGCUUAGUUGCCAGCCGGGUUAAACCACAACAGCAGCACAUGAAUUUUCAUCGCAUUACGUGUCACAAGAAGGCAGUACGUGUGUCCUGAGCUGGGUAGGAUGGAUAACAUCAGCCCGUGUGCUCAGCAGAGGCAGACAAGGGCACAGUUCUUGCCUGUUGGCUCCAUAAACUGCUGCCGGGGCCCGGAGCACCCCCGCGCUACCCGCACCCAUCUGUUUGCCCCAGGGUUUGCUGCUGCCUACUCCAUCGCCUUUUCUUGGGCCAUCAACUUUCCCUCCUGACCUUUUCCUCCUCAGUGUCUCCAGUGAUCUGUCAUCUUUGGAGCACAUCUCGCAGAGCGUAGUUAUGGCAUCUUUCAGUGCUUUCUAGCUCCGGGUGAUGGUUUUGUAGCAGGGGUGUGGGCGGUUCUGGCUGGAGGAACAACAUGGAUCACCACGUAUCCAGUGGGACUGGGAUGAGAAAUCGGGGGCACAAAGGGCUCCUCUCCAGCAACCGUAAAACUCCUUUGUGCCUCUGUGGGUGGGAGCAACUGGUCUCUCCCUUUCAGAGUCCCUGUAUGUGUCCGAGUACUUCUCCCAGAGCGCACAGAAGCUGUCCUUCUACAGCUGGUAUGGGAACGCCAAGCUCUUCCACUUCCGCGUGCCAGAAGACACCGUGCUGCUUCGCUGGCUCCUGCAAGCAUCCCGGGGGAAAGGACCUGAGUGCACCGACAUGGAGAUCACAGUGUACGCACUUUCGCUAUGGAGCCCCUCCUGUCAUUAAUCCACUGGGCACUCGUUUUCCUGCAAACGCGACCGUCCGUCCUUCCUACAACAUAAGCAUCACCCUGAGCAGCGCUGUGCAAAACACCACCUUUGUGAACGUCACCACCCCGGCUGCCGGAGACUGGUUCAUUGCUGCCCAUCUCCCCGAGGCUGCUGGCAGGAUUGAAGUGAAGGGUUUCUCCACUCCGUGCCCCUAUAUGUUCCAGGCAGAUAUGUUUGUGCUCAGACUCACUGAUAUGCCUGUUCUGGAGCCUGGCGUUGCCGUGCCGCAAACCAUCGUCUCACCUGCUAAGCCGCUGCACGUCAAGGUCUUCGUUCCCAAGCACGCGGCGGGGAUGCGGUUUGAGCUGCGAAGCUGCGUAACAAGUGAGCAGAAGGUGUGCGCCGUGCGGGUAGUGCUGGGCUCCGUCACGCUGCCCCAGUCCUUCCAGAGGAUUGUCACCUGCACGGGGAAUGGGAACUGCAGCCUGGCCCUGGACUCACCGCCCUGGGAGAAGUGGCUGCAGAUCAUGGUGGAGAGUCUGGGCGCUGCCAAUGCCAGCGUGUCGGUGGAGAUGCUGGCUUCUUUCACAGCUUGCAGACCAGGAAGUACCAGUUCAUUCCUGAACUUCAGCAGCCUAAACCAGAGCCAAACUGGCCCCAGACCAGGCGGCGCAGGAGCAGCAGGGAGCUCCGUGCUGCCCACCAGAGAGGCUUCACGCAAUGCGUCCAGCCAGAGGAGCUUCUGUCUGCAGAACCAGCCCGUCGUUCGUGAGGACCUAGAUGUGGUCUCUGUGCGCUACAGGCUCUUGAAUAGUCCCAGCGUGCCUGUGAACUCCCUCUCCCCAACCCUCCUCCUCCUCAACCUGAACACUGGCAUGGACAGCGGGGGUUCCCUCGUGGUCAGUCUCCUGCUUAACAAGACGUCCGUGGGCCUGGCCAAUGCCACUGUGGUGGCCUGUGUGAGUGCUGCUUCACCGGUGCUGUCCCUCAACGCCACGCGGAACUGCAGCACAGCUUUUUUCCAGGGCUACCCUCUGAGCGUGAGCACCUUCUCUGCAGAAGCAACGCUGAUUGUCCUGUACCCCCAGACGGACGACUGGUUCCUCUCCCUGCAGCUCCUCUGCCCGAAGGGCCAGGGUGAAUGUAAUGCUGCGGAAGCCAAAGUGACCAUCUUCGCAUACCUCACCCCCUGCUUCAAUGACUGUGGGCCGUACGGGCAGUGCAGCCUCCUGAGAAGACACGGCUACCUCUAUGCUGGCUGCAGCUGCAAGGCUGGUUGGGGCGGGUGGAGCUGCACAGAUGAUACCAAGGCCCAGUCUGUCAGCGCACAGAACCUGGCCACCCUCCUGCUCACCCUGAGCAACCUCAUGUUCCUGCCAGCAAUAGCGGUUGCUGUUUAUCGCUACUACCUGGUGGAGGCCUCCGUCUACACCUACACCAUGUUCUUCUCCACGUUCUACCACGCGUGUGACCAGCCAGGCAUUGCGGUGAUGUGCAUCAUGGACUACGACACACUACAGUACUGUGACUUCUUGGGCUCUGUGGUGUCCAUCUGGGUGACGAUCCUGUGCAUGUCCCGGGUGAAGAAGAUCCUGAAAUACGUCCUUUUCGUCUUGGGGACCCUGUUAAUUGCCAUGUCCCUGCAGCUGGACCGCAGAGGGGUGUGGAACAUGAUGGGUCCCUGCCUCUUUGCCCUCAUCAUCAUGAUUGCAGCAUGGGUUUACCACGGAGUGAAGCGCAGACACUGCUACCCCUCCUCGUGGAAGCGCUGGGUUUUCUACCUCCUCCCAGGGAUCACCUUGGCUUUCAUUGCUAUCUCAGUAUAUGCAUUCAUGGAAACCAAUGAGAACUAUUACUACACCCACAGCAUCUGGCACGUGCUGGUGGCGUCCAGCGUUGCUUUCCUGCUUCCUCCUCGGGACAAGCAUAAGAAACCCUGGGCCUGGUCACAGAAGCUCACUUGUCGCUAUCAGAUCUGCCAGAAUGACCGUGAGGAGCUUUAUGCUGUGACCUGAAAGCUGCUCGGCUCCUGGUGGCAGAGGCGGAGGGCUGGCCAGGUUGCUGGCCAGGUUGGUCGUUGUCUGGGCCGCCCCUCAAUCGCACAUCAGCUGUCCUCUUGCGUGCUCAUUCACGGGCCGGGAGGGCACAGUAAGGACCAGGUUUAAAGAUGAAGAUGGUGGGCUUGUCUUGUUGAAGGCAAGUUUAAGGCCACCUCUGCUUUUCUGCUGGGAUGGGGCAGACUCUUCAUGGUUCUGGAUCAAGGAAUUAGCCUGUCCCCCACCUCCCCAUGGCCCUGGGGGAAAUUGCCAAUCCUUCUGCUUAGCCCAUGCUGAGCUGGAGCCAGGGCUUUGGCUGCUGGGCUCUUCCCUGUGCACCCUGUCCUAGCAGAGGCCUGGGGAUGGGGGUUUCCCCUGCCGUCCUGCAAUAGGCAUUUGAACCCAAGGAAAGAAUGGGUUUCUUCUGGUCUGGGGGGCAAAUGCUGUUGCAUGCCCUCGGUGCUGAGGGGGAGGGAGGGAGCUGAUCUCAGCGUGUGCUGGGCCCUUGGCUGCCAUCUCCACGGGGGUCUGGAGCCUCUCCCCAUGAAACAGGCAGUGCUGCUCUUACCUAGUCCUGAUUCAGGGGGCAGGGGGGACAAGAAGAAAGGCUGGGACUUGGGCCCUGGAUUCAGGGUGAAAAAAAAACCCUUGUGGGGAUGUGCAAGAAGCAUCAGCACCAUCUCACCCAGAGCUGUGAAACCCACAGCAGUGCAGGGUUUAGUCUAAGUCUAACUUUAGGCCCCUCUUAGUUCAUUGGGAAAGAGCCAGGCUGCUGCACUGUCCCUUUCCUCUCUCAAUGUUCAGGUAUUCACCGUCUUCCUCCCUUUUGGGGGUUCGGCUCUGCCUGGCCAGUGUAAGUGGUCCAAGAUUGUGUCCGAGCUGCGCACCCCCUGCUCCUCCAGCCUGCUGUGCCGGGGAGCCUGGAUGUACUGCAGGGUCGCGGCUGAUCUGGGGCCACCGGCAGGCUCCUGCCCCAGCCAGGAGCACCGCAGGGGGCUCCCCAGGUGGCUACGGGCCCCUUUGCAGCGUCUGUCUCACCUCAGCCUUACUCUAGGGCAUGCAGGCAUCAGAAAGCAAGGGCAGAAACUUGGCAACCAAGCAAGUUGUCUUUGCCCGUCCUUAUUCUAUAGAUAAGGGCUCAACUACACCGUUCCUUGCUGGUUUAUUCCGGCUGUGGUCGGUCUGGUGUGUGCUGCCGGGAACCCAUGCACGGAGCCCCUGGGGUGGCUUUGGGGAGGAAAGAGCUUUUCAUGAAGGAUUUGCCUCCUAGUUUGUAGGAAACAGGGUUAUUUCUUUGCUUUGAAAAGCACCCGGCGUUCUGCUCAGCUCUGCACUUUAUCCCUCUCCCUCCUUUUCCUCUGCCAACUCGGACUUUUUAAGCAAGCGCAGGGCGAGCCAAGGGCUCUCGCCUGCACCCAGCGCCCGCAUCCCCCGUUGUCCCCUGCCUUUCCUUUCGCUGCUGCCGC